GUUUUUUUUUAUAACUUCAGAAUAUGGGAUCUGUACCUAGAGAUUUAACUUAUGUUGAAAUCUGUCUUGAUGAAGACAUAAUAUAUGAAGCAAGCCUUUUAUCUGAGGAGAUAAAUAGAGAGGAAAUUACAAGUAUUUCUGGCAACACUACAGUAGAAGAUAUUUGCAAUGUUGAUAAUAGUGAUGAAUAUACGCCAUGUGAAGACACAGGAGAAUUUACGAGCCAUACCCAAGAUACUGCUAGAACUGAUAUAAACAGCACUGUUAUCUUUGAAGAAGACAAUCAUGAAUUUGAUUCUGAAGAAUCCUCCGUCAUAGCAAUGCAGGAGCAGAAUGAACCCACUGCUGUUUUUGUAACUGAUUCCAACUCGGGGUUCUUAUCAAAAGAUGAAUUAUCUGACUAUCUUCAACAGGAAUUGCCCAGCGGUAUUGAUAAUGCCUAUUUAAGUGAUAAUGGCUUAAUGACUGAUGAUGGGCACAAUAAUAACAAUAAUAACACCCGUCCACGACUAGGUGAUAAGAAUGGAUCGAAAUUGCCCACCAGUAUUGAUAACGCUCAUCCAUUCGAUAACAGGCGGAAAUCGUCUAAUUGUAAUGUAGGCACCUAUCUGAGUGAUAAGGAAUUAACUACUGAUAAAGAAGGAAUGUUACCAAACUCCAAAGAUAGCACUUCUCUAUGUGAUAAAGAUUUCAUUGUUGAUAAGGAUUCCCAUACUAAUGAGAAUUAUUUUGAGAUAGCUCGCAGUUUCUUGAAUGAUGUUAUUGAUUAUAUUAUCGAAAAAGAAGUUUCUGAUAAAACUGAAAGUUGUAACAUAUGUGAGAGGAGAUUCAGCACAUUAGCCAAAUUGGAAAGACAUUUGAAGUUUCACUAUAAAGGCCGAAAAAUACUUUAUUGCUCUGUGUGUGGCAAAGAUUUUGGUCAAAAAUCGCAUCUGGAGUAUCAUAUGGUGCUACACACUGGUGUAAAGGCGUAUUCAUGUGAAAUAUGCAGAAAGACUUUCACUCAAAAAUCGUCGUUAAACAUGCAUAUAAAAUCUCACACAUCUCAACCAAAUGUUCCUUGCGAGAUAUGCGGAAAAAAGUUUUGGACAAAAUACAUCUUAAAUUUACAUACGAGGAAACGACAUAUGGGGUUGCCCUUUGUUUGUAACAUUUGCGGAAGUUCUUUUAGUGGAAAACAAGGUUUGCUACACCAUGUGAGCCUACAUCCUCCACAUAUAUGUGAAACAUGUGGCAAGGAGUUUGACAAUUAUAAAAGUCUUCGCUUGCACAAAGAUUCUCAUAAACCAAGUUGGCCUGAGCAUGUCUUUGCGGACGGUGUAAAAGGUUUUCGUUGCGAAGUUUGUAGAAGAACAUUUCGACGAAGACAAGACUUUACUUUCCAUUCUCAAGCUCAUGCUCCAAAAGUUCAUAAGUGUCAAGUUUGUGGUGCUGGAUUCGUGCGGGAUAGCUAUUUAAAGAAGCAUAUGAUUGCACACUUAGAAAGACCGUAUAAAUGUGAAUCAUGCUGGAAAAGUUUCCAUCAUAAAAGGUCGUUAGAAAAUCAUCAAAUAUAUCAUACAGGAAUAAAGCGCUUUGGUUGCAACAUUUGCGGAAAAGGAUAUUAUUGGAAACAUCGCUUGGCUAUACAUCUAAAACUUCAUAAAAAUGUAAAAACUGAAAAUGCUGUACCUAGUAAUGAUUCUGAAUUUGCUCAGCAAACUUCUUCUACAUUACAAUGUAGAAAAAAGGAGAUGGAUGGAGCAUCUGGAAUUGGUAGCACAGCACCAAGUAAUGAAGGUGUAAUGUUGGGAAAUUGUAUUUCCGUAGGACAAAAAGGGAACUCACAAACAUCUACAUUCACAAUAGGGGAAGCUGAGGAAUUCAAUCUCGGCUCUAUGAAAUUUAUCGGGCAUAAAAUAGUAUUCUCUCCUGAAGUGAAUUCAUUGUCUGUCCCUUCUGAACAAACUCGAACAAUAGCAAUUUUGGAUGCUGAAUCGAUAGUGAAAUUCGCUAUGCAUAACAUGUCGAAAAAAACUAAAGAACCAGUUAAGGUUCCAAAGAUGGCGAACAUAAUGACGAUAAAAGAGGGGGAUUCUGAUCCCUAUAAGAUCAGGACUAUGGGUGAUGAGCACUCAUAAAAAAUGGACAGUUGACCGCCAUGUCGUGCUGAGCGUCAGGAAUACGUUGCCAUCGAACCUCUGAAUAUCCUACGCUUAGAAUCUCAUGGGCAUUAUUAUCACCAUGCCCGACAUGAACUGGUAACCGGACGAGCUAAGCGUUAGUUAUUCCUAUACCGGGGCCAUGGUUUGCCAUAUGAUUAAGCCAUCUUAUCGACUUUCCUUUUCCCUCCGAACAGCCAAAAGUUAGUGAGUCUACAUAACUGGCAUUUUUUGAAUAAACUAUUGGAAUAAAAAUUUCUUUGUUUGAUAAAGGGCAUGCUCACAGU